GACGGUGGCUGAUAGGGGUCCUAACCGCGUGGGACUGUCCUGCGCGGUCCCGGAGUGCUGCGCCUGCGCAGUGUGCUGGUCUCCAUGGCGGGACCUCGGAGCCAAGACGAGAGAAAAUGCUGCUAAGACACAAUUCAAGCUUUCAUAUAAAUGAAGCUACAAGUAUCAUGAGUUAGUGCCCCAAAAGGAAGAACUUCGCUGGACAAGAAAGAGCAUUUCUGGGGGUAGUACAAUGCUUGAGGCCUGGAAUUUAAACUUGAGCACUAUCUGAAGCUAUUAAAUAAUAGAAGAAAAUGGAAUUGAGUAUGAUGACAGCAUGGAACAGCCUAAUGAUUCAUUAACAAUCAACCAUAAUGGUGGUGAAGAGUCAGAAACCAAUGCUCAGGUACUUGAGCAUCUAACCUGUAUGGACUCCAGGGAUUCUUCCUUUGGACAAAAUGAUUCACCUACAGUUUUGCCCAUCACUACUCCUGAAGCAAAUGAUUCAUUCACGUCACAGAAUAUACAAGAGCCACUGACUCAGACACAGACUCUUUCUGCAGAGCAGUUCCAUCUAUUGGACCAAAAUGGGCAACCUAUUCAAUAUGAACUUCAGUCAGUGGAGGAGUCUAAUGCACAAAUGAUGAUUGUUGCCAGCCCAUCAGAAAAUGGACGGGUACUUCGUGUGAUUCCAACUACCCAGACAGGAAUGGCACAAGUGAUUAUACCCCAGGAGCAGCUUGUGGAUGUGGUUAGUCCUCAGGAUGUCUCUGAAGAGAAACCCAGUGACAGAAACUUACCAUCUUUAAGAGUGGAUGCUUUAGCAGACACUACCACUGGUUACAUUCUUCAUCCACAGACAUCCCUCACGUUGCCCAAAAAGUCAAUGACCAGAAUGCCUGAAGAACCUUUUCUGGCUUCUCUUCAGCCACUUUCUUCUAAUACUCCUAUAUGGGCCUGCCGUCUUAGGAGCUGUGAGAAAAUUGGAGAUUCAUACCGUGGCUACUGUAUAAGUGAGACUGAAUUAGAAAGUGUGCUAACAUUUCAUAAACAGCAAACACAGAGUGUUUGGGGCACCCGCCAGUCUCCAAGCCCAGCCAAGCCUGCUACACGCUUGAUGUGGAAAUCUCAGUAUGUUCCAUAUGAUGGAAUCCCAUUUGUCAAUGCAGGUACUUUUCUUAAGAAUUAUUUUAAAAGGUCAGCAGCAAGCAUAAUCCACUGUGAAAAUGUAAUUUUCCUGAGAUAAUACAUUUUUAUUUUGGUAGGUGACAGGUGAAUGUUAGUUAAUUAAUUUAAAUGCCUAUU